CCCAAAGGGUUUUUUUUGAACGUUGGGGGUCAAGUGAUGGCCUGAAUGGUCCCCUGGCUGAUUUCUUGUGGCCGAAGAAGGCCCUAUAAACACAUGCUUUUGAUGCUUUGACAUCUUGAUUUGUAGCCUGAUGUUUCUUGCGCCAGAUCUCACAAAUCACUUGCUCUUGGUUACGCGUCCUAUUGGCUCGCACAGCGCAGAAACACCUUCUGCCCGUGCCGCUGCGAUGAAGGUCUUUUUUUCGUCCCUGGCGCGGCGCGAGGCGCUGGAGUUGUCACCAGAGGCGACCGCCACAGAGGCGAAGCAACAGUUGGCGGAGGUGCUGCAGUGUGAGGCCACUGCACUGAGCUUGGUGCUAGGCACCAGUACUUGGGAUGAUGGCAAGGCUAAGGACGUGCUGUCCGAGGGGGCUGAGAUCACAGUGAUCAAAUCCGAAGGUUGGGUGGUGCCGCGGAUCGAGGCGCUGAAGGCCAAGUUUGAGAAGUUUGGAAAGCUUCUGACCGAGCCUGGUAAACAUGAACUCUCACACGAUGCAGAGCUUCCUGAAGGUCUUGAGUUUCCCGCAUCACUGGCAUUACUGCUGAAGUAUGCUGUGAAGUGGAGCUAUCGGACGGAUAUGGGCAUCCCACCGCUGGAGCUCUUCGUUGCAAAUCAGGAUUUUAAGCUGGACAUUUUUGGUGACGAGGAGUGCAAAGCAGAUUGGAUGGAGGAACAUGGCGAGGAGAGCUGCGCUGGCGACGAUUGGAUGCUCUUGGCCAGUUCCUCUGAGUACGACUACUUCUUUGUCAAUGUCAAGAAGUCCUCUCCCCACUUUGGCAUGGUGAAGUGUGGCGAGCAGACCAGUAAUGUUUUUGUUGUGUUUUGUGAAACAAAAAUCUUCUGAACGUGAGACCGGUACAACCUGCAAGAUGUCAGCAACUAGUGUGCAGCAGACGCCGGAGGUCAGCGUUGGACGUUGUUCGGUUUGGGUUUGCAACAGAUGGGCAGACAACCGAGGAAACAUAUUGUCAACAACUGCGACGAAGAAGAGGUCAGCCAUUGUCGCUAAUUAAGUGUAUUAAAGAUUUAUGCAGCGGGCUGUGGUGUAGUGAAUGCAAAAAUGUUUGGAUCACCCCCCCGGUGCUUGCGCCUAUUCCGAAAUGCCAAAAUGUUUGGAUCAACCCCCCCGGUGCUUGCACCUAUUCUGACAGUGUGAAAACGGCUACGCCAUGUUGAGCCAGACAUAUCCUGGAGGUCUUUUCAGAGCCUCCCUUCGAUAAUUUUUUGGACUCAAUGGAGAAGUUUGCAGAAGACGUCGCGGAGAAGGUGCGUUUCCAUCAUGUGUUUGUGUGGAGUGAAUCAAAUCCUCUAUUCCUCUCAGAGAUUCCGGCCACAUUGAUUUGCCGUGUAUCUGAGUUAUCAUAAUAACUUAAGAACUGAAACACAUGAAUGGAGAUUGCGGGGGGGAAGUAGCGGGGGAUUCCGGGUCAGGACGAGGAUGACGUCGAGGGCUUGCAUGGUUGGAAACCACAGGAGCCACAGCCGAAGAAACAGAAGACUUGAGACGUGCAGAGUGCAGAGCAGAACUGCAGAACGUAGCUGUUUUCGUGUGGUCUGGCGCAGUUUUUGGUGCCGAUUGUUUGAAGAAGCGGUGACAGCUCAAAAGUGCGAGGAACCAAAA